ACAAGAUGGCGGCGCCCGCGCCGUGCCACGCAGACUUCCGCCCGGCGCCGAGGUCUGGGGUCGACCGCGGGUCGCCUCGGAGGUGAAAUCGGGACGUGUGUGGUGCGGAGCUGCAGCCUGGGUGCGCUGGGGCACCAUGUCAGAAGGAAACGCCGCGGGCGAGCCCAGUGCUCCAGGAGGGCCCCGACCCCUCCUUUCUGGGGCGCGGGGGCUUAUCGGGCGGAGGCCGGCGCCUUCCCUCACCCCGGGCCGCCUUCCCUCCAUCCGCUCCAGGGAUCUCACCCUCGGGGGAGUCAAGAAGAAAACCUUCACCCCAAAUAUCAUCAGUCGGAAGGUCAAGGAAGAGCCCAAGGAAGAAGUAACUGUCAAGAAGGAGAAGCGUGAUAGGGAUAGAGACCGACAGCGAGAGGGCCAUGGACGGGGCCGGGGGCGCCCAGAAGUGAUCCAGUCCCACUCUAUCUUUGAGCAGGGCCCAGCUGAAAUGAUGAAGAAAAAGGGGAACUGGGAUAAGACGGUGGAUGUGUCGGACAUGGGGCCCUCUCACAUCAUCAACAUCAAAAAGGAGAAGAGAGAGACAGAUGAAGAAACAAAACAGAUUCUGCGUAUGCUGGAGAAGGAUGAUUUCAUCGAUGACCCUGGGCUGAGGAAUGACACUCGAAAUAUGCCUGUGCAGCUGCCGCUGGCUCACUCGGGCUGGCUUUUUAAGGAAGAGAAUGAAGAACCAGAUGUUAAACCUUGGCUGGCUGGCCCCAAGGAAGAGGACAUGGAGGUGGAUGUGCCUGCUGUGAAAGUGAAAGAGGAGCCGCGAGAUGAGGAAGAGGAGGCCAAGAUGAAGGCUUCUUCCAGAGCAUCCAGGAAGACCCUGGGCCUCCCGAAGGACGUAUCUGUGGCAGAGCUGCUCAGGGAGCUGAGCCUCACGCAGGAGGAAGAGCUGCUGUUCCUGCAGCUGCCAGACUCACUCCCUGGCCAGCCGCCCACUCAGGACGUCAAGCCUAUCAAGACAGAGGUGCAGAGCGAGGACGGACAGAUGGUGGUUAUAAAGCAGGAGAAAGACCGGGAAGCCAGGCUGGCAGAGAAUGCUUGUACCCUGGCUGACCUGACAGAGGGUCAGGUCGGCAAGCUGCUCAUCCGCAAGUCGGGGAAGGUGCAGCUCCUCCUGGGCAAGGUGACUCUGGACGUGACCAUGGGGACCACCUGCUCUUUCCUGCAGGAGCUGGUGUCCGUGGGCCUUGGAGACAGUAGGACGGGUGACAUGACAGUCCUGGGACACGUAAAGCACAAACUUGUAUGUUCUCCCAAUUUUGAAUCCCUGUUGGAUCACAAACACCGGUAAAAUGAGCAGGUGGAGGACGGUGGGGAUCGUGUCCACGGCUGCUGCCUGCUCCAGACGUCGCCUGUUUAGCCCACCCACUCCAGCCAUUG